AUGGCAGAAACAAUCUCCCUCCAAAGCAUGAAAUCAACACAAGACCUCAACAGUCACAGGCCCGGUAUAAGUAGCGAUAAUGUCACAUUAACAACGCCCCAGAAGCAAGACCUCGACGGGAUCGCCGGAGCAACCCUCGAAGCCGGCCCUCAAUCCGCCGCCGCACCAGUCGUACUGCCAAAGUCGCUGGCCUUGAAACAGCUCAUUGGCGCUGCCGUUACACUGCUCGUUCUAUUCUGGGCAAAUACCUCCUGGAUCAUGGGGAAGAUGUACAAACAAGCGGACCAUGCCCACCGCCUACACAUCCUCGCCAUCGACCUCGACGGCGGCCCCAUCGGCUCCUCCCUCCUCUCCACCACCGCCCUCCUCAGCGGCACCCACGGCCAGCCCACAUACGUAAAUACACCCUACGACUCCAGCUCCGAUGAGACCUACGACUCCAUCUACAAGCGCGUCCGUACCGGCGGCUCCAUCUGGGGCGCCAUCAUCGCAAACCCCUCCGCUUCAAACAACCUCUCCGCCGCCCUCUCCUCAAACGCCACAACCUACGACCCGACAUCAGCGCUCACAAUCAUCUACAACGAAGCCCGCUUCCGCACCGUCGAGAUCUCCCUAAUCUACUCCAACCUCCUCUCCGCCGCCGGCGCAACAGGCGCAGCCUACCAGCGCACCCACGGCGUCGCCACCAUCUCCUCCCUGGCCGCCAACACCAACACCAGCGCCACCAGCAUCGCCGCAGCCCUGCAACCAGUCUCCUACACCGUCUCCAACAUCAACCCCUUCGGCUUCUCCAGCAGCGUCCUCCUCAACACCGUCAUGUUCGUCUUCCCGCCGCUAAGCCAGUUCUUCAUCGUCAUGGCCACAAACGGCAUCCUCGCCGGCGCCGGCGCAUACGCGCACUGGUCGCUCAAGUCGAACCUCCUCAUCCGCGCUGUCCUCGGAACCGCGUAUCCGUGCCUGAUUGGCCUGUCGUGGGCCGGCUGGGUGUAUACCUGGAAGGACGGCGCGGACUUGGGUGCCGGCCAGUACUUUUUGAGCUGGCUGACGAUAUGGCUGUAUGCCUCUAUCAACUUCUGGGUUAUUGAUGGCACGUGCGCGGUGCUGGAAAUGCGGUGGAUGCCGUUCUUUGUUAUCACGGCUAUCAUUACACAGGUUUCGGCUGUGUUGUCGCCUAUGGAGCUGGCGAGCAACUUUUAUAGGAUUGAGUAUUUGCUGCCGAGUCACCACAUCUGGGGGAUCCUCAUGACGAUCUUUGGGAAUGGCGCCGCGAAUGAGUUGAAAGUAAACCUGACUGUCGCAGUACUGAUGCUCCCAGUUGCGGCUUCGUGGGGUCUGUGGGGCAACUGGAGGAGGUGGACAAAGGUGUCCGCGGCGGUAGCGGCUGGGAGGGCGUAG